AUGCGACGCGUCACUCUCGUUUCGCUGAUCGCUCUUCUCGUCAUCUUGCCGUUCGCUGCAGCCGAUGAGCAAUCAGCAUCAGGCGGCAGUGCUGACGUGGAUCCGACGAAGCUGAGAGUCAAGGAGCUCAAGAGGAUGCUGGAGGAGCGAGGGGUGGAGUGCCAAGGCUGCAUAGAAAAGGAGCAUCUGGUGAGUCGCCUCAGGGAGACCAUCCACCUGCCGGUGCUCACAGAGGAGGAGAGGCAGCAGAGGCAGCCCAAGGAAGCUUCCAAGAAAGCUGCCUCGUCUGAUUCGUCCUCUGGCGACGAUCCAUCAUCCAAGGAUGCUGACAUCCAGAGGAUUCUGGAGAAACUGAAGGCUUCUGGAAACUUUGGUGAUAAGAUUAAGAUGUUUUCUGCCAAGGACUUUGAGAACCUCGCCCAGAAUGUGGAUCACCGCAAGGGAGAGGGUUACGAUGAUGACAUGUGGAAGCAGUGCGGCCAUUGCAAGAAGCUCGCUCCGGAUUACGAGAAACUCGCGACAGCCUUCAAGAAAACCAAGUCGGUGGUCGUCGCUAAGGUGGACUGUGACGCGUACAAGGAGAUGUGCAGCGACUACAGGGUGCGCGGGUACCCCACUCUCAAGUGGUUUCCUGCUGGCACUGACAUCCCAGUCGACUAUGAUGGGCGCAGGGAGGCUGCAAGCAUGGUGACAUGGGUGAAUGAGAAGCUGGGCACGAGUGUGCGUGUGCCUGUGGCCCUGUCUCACGUGGUGGACCUCACACCUGCCACCUUCGAUGCGAUCGCUCUAGACCCCACCAAGCAUGUGCUCGUGGAGUUCUAUGCACCGUGGUGCGGCCACUGCAAGCAGCUCGCCCCUGUGUACGAGCAGGUGGCGGAGGCAUUCAGGCUGGAGAGCAGCGUGGUGAUCGCCAAGGUGGAUGCAGACCAGCACACGGAGCUCAAGGACAGGUGCGGAGGGAGAGGGGCUAUCCUGGUUGGAAAUGUGUCGAUGAGAGCUUGCCAAGGUGGAUGCUGA